AUUCGCGAAGUCGAUUGCUAAAUACCGCCAACAUUUUUUAUCAAAUCGCCAACAAAAUUAAUAAAGGGACAAAAAUACCCUCACUCGUCCUUACUUUGCUUUCUCUCUCCUAUAUGCAGCAAGCCUCAUAUCAACUGUCAACACAACAACACUACAAAAUUAAAGCAACCGCCAUUGCCACCACCACGACCACCAUCCAUACCACCACAGCCACGCCCACCACCACCCACCAUCACUGCCCAUAACCAUCCACCAUCACUGCCCACAACCACCAAUUAAGAGGUAACAUUUUUUUUUUGUGUUGCCGAAAUCUCGAAAGAACCAACAACCAUCGGAAAAAUGACCCACCGCCUUCCCGAAAGGUGGUGGUUUUCUUUUAAAUCCGACGACCAGCACAACCGGCGCACAAAACCGGUCACCCGGGACGGUAAUCGGUUUACAACGUCGGUUGACCAUGGUAACCGGCGUCCAAAACCGGUUACCGUCCCGAGUGACCGAUUUUUCAUGCCGAUUGUCUACGGUUGACUGUAUCAAAAACCGGUUACCGUGAUGUUCAAUCGGUUGUGCGUUCCGGUGAUUAACGCCGGAAAUUAUUGAACAAUAAGAUUGAAGCUAGGUGACGAACUGGUUUUUCCGACCACCAUGAUGUCGGUUCAUCAACUCCAUUCCUCUUCGUCGCUGUCCUUCCGCCUCCAACAGUACGGCCGCCGCUUUUCUUCGCCUCCGGCUGGCUGUUGUGGUUGAUGGUAGUUGAGAAGUGGUGGUUACGGCCCUUAUGGUUGAUGAGAGAGAAAAAAAAAAUAAAAGAGAAAGAAGAAGAUGUGGUGGGGGUAUAGUAAGGGUAUUGAUGUCCGUUCACCUUAAAUGUUACCGAUUUUGAUAAAAAUUGUUGGCGGUAUUUAACACCCCUUUGCGAAUAGGUUUUUUUAGCACGGUCUGAAAUUUAACCCCAAACCCAACCUAAUUGACAAAUCUACUUGAACUCGAAUAUUACAGAGUAGCAAAAUAAGCCAUUAAUGAGAAAGAAAAAGGAUAGCUUUAAUUCUUUAAGUUCAAACUGCUUCAAGCCUUCAAGUAGUUGUUUUUCCCUUACCUUCUCCGAAGGAAGAAAGUAAAAAAUUGCGAAAAUGAGUUCAACAACAAUGGUGGCUGAAGCAGUAUGGAAGAACAUCGAGUCCAACCAUUCAGUGACUGAUGAUCAACUGGGAGUGUUGCAUUUUUUGUUCGGGAAGAAUUUUGAACGAGCUACAAGGAUUGUGGAUCAACAAGGUGUUAAAAGAAUUUCUGGUGAACCCAGUGGCCGCUCUAUUUUUCAGGUUGUUGGAGAAUCUCGAAAGAAAGAAGAAUAUUUAUGUUUCGCCGAGCAUUACUGUGGAUGCUACUCAUUUUUCUAUGAUAUAGUGAAUCGAGGGGAACAGCUUUGUUGUAAGCACCAGUUGGCUGCGAGACUAGCUGCAUCUUUAGGAGCGUGUAUAGAAGUCAAGGUAUCUGAUGAAGAGCUUGCGAUGCUGCUAUCAAAGCUGUGACAGUAGUUGUAUACUCGGAGAUGGAAGCAGGAUCCUGCAAUACACUCACCUCCACCACCACGCAUCCUAACUUACAGCAGGAGAAAAGGACAGAAAGGACAGAAUCAGCAGCAGCAGGACACAAUGCAACUAUGCAAGGAGCACACCCACUACAACAGCAGUAACGGCUUGAAGGAUUUUGACAGAUUACCUUUAUUAAUUAUUAGCUAUAAGACAAAUUGUAGUAGUUGUUAACAAUCAAGGCACUAGGCCAAUUCCUUGUAUCUCAAGUAGUAUAAAUAGAGUAGCCUAAAGAGAGAGGAAACUAUUCAGAAAUUUGUAAUAGAAACCUUGGAGAGUAAUGGCCUAAAGCCAUGUUAUCUUUUACAAGCUAUUAGCUUUAAUACAACGCCAAACCUUCCCCUAAUCUCUGUUUAAUUACGCUUACC